AUGGGGGGCAAAUCGGCAAACAAGGCUGGCUACUUUGACAAGCUCAAGGGCUUGCUCGAGACGUACCAGUCCAUCCUCAUCGUCAGCGUCGACAAUGUCAGCUCGCAGCAGAUGCACGAGAUCCGCCAGUCGCUCCGCGGCGAGGGCGUGGUCCUGAUGGGCAAGAACACCAUGGUGCGCCGUGCCCUCAAGACCUUUGUCAACGACACCCCCGAGUACGAGCGCCUGCUGCCCUUCGUCAAGGGCAACAUCGGCUUCGUCUUCACCAACGGCGACCUCAAGGCCAUCCGCGACAAGAUCCUCGUCAACAAGGUCGCGGCCCCUGCCCGUGCCGGCGCCAUCGCCCCGGUCGAUGUGUGGGUCCCCGCCGGCAACACCGGCAUGGAGCCUGGCAAGACUUCCUUCUUCCAGGCCCUCGGUGUCCCCACCAAGAUUGCCCGUGGUACCAUUGAGAUCACCACGGACCUCAAGCUCGUCGAGAGCGGCAACAAGGUCGGCCCCUCCGAGGCCACCCUGCUGAACAUGCUCAACAUCUCGCCCUUCACCUACGGCAUGGGCAUUUCCCAGGUCUACGACCAGGGCAACACCUUCUCCCCCGAUGUCCUCGACAUUGGCGAGGAGCAGCUGCUCGGCGCCUUCUCGUCGGCCAUCACCACGAUUGCCUGCGUCUCGCUCGCCAUCAACUUCCCCACCCUGCCCUCUGUCCUGCACUCGCUGGUCAACUCGUACAAGAACGUCCUGGCCAUUGCCAUCGAGACCGAGAUCUCGUGGCCCGAGAUUGAGCAGCUCAAGGACCGCAUCGCCAACCCCGAGGCCUACGCCGCUGCGGCCCCUGUCGCCGCGGCCGAGGAGACCAAGGCGGAGGCUGCUGCCGAGGAGAAGGAGGAGGAGGCCGAGGAGUCCGACUCCGACGGCGGUUUCGGCGGUCUUUUCGACUAA